AGAGAAGAAAAAAGAUGGGUGUGGAGAAGCAAAUCAUCAGACCCGGCACAGGACCCAAACCCGCUCCGGGUCAAACCGUCACCGUCCACUGUACUGGAUUCGGGAAAGGUGGUGAUCUUUCUCAGCAGUUCUGGAGUACAAAGGACGCUGGCCAAAAACCUUUCUCCUUCCAAAUCGGUAAAGGUGCUGUAAUCAAAGGAUGGGAUGAAGGCGUUAUUGGAAUGCAAAUUGGAGAGGUUGCUCGAUUGCGGUGCUCACCGGAUUACGCAUACGAUGCUGUUUUUAAGUGGCAAUUCUUUAUCUUUGUUGCUUCUGAGAUCUUGUUCAAACAAACUGCGAUGACACUUAUCAGUGUUUCUUCUAAACUCUUUGGACAAGCGUUUUAUCUUAAAUAAAAGAUCUCUUGUCAGCU